AGGAUGAGAAGUCCGGUUUGAUCUACUCGAACAUGGCUGGGGACAUAUUUUAUCAGUUCGGGGAGUACAUCGACCGAAAGAUCCCUGGUGUCGUGAGGGCAGAGGCCCACAGGAGAUUGGCCGCACGGCAAGCCCCUCCUGCCACGUUCAGGUUGUGGCAGGAGAGAGAUGAUCCACCAAUAAAGGUGGACGAGGUGGAGAGUGGCGAGGAAGUGACCCAAGGGCUGCAGAUAGGGGCGAUAAGGGGAGAGUCUGUGAUCACUGAGUCGGACGAGGAGGAUGAGAGCGAGCCUGUGGAAACCGUGUUCGUCCUCAUUGGAAAGAUGGCAGAUUUAUGGGGGAAGAUGGGGAGAUACCAGCAGAAGCUGAUAAAUAUUUGCGAAGAAGUGAAGGAUUGGAAGGGGAGGUUGGCGCAGGCAGCACGCACCAGGGGUCAGGCCAGGGCCAGCACGAGCCAGGACCCUCCACGGAAAGAGCCAGAGGCGGAAAGAAGAAAGGAGGUCAUGGAGGUGGAGGAUGACAACGAGGAGGAUGGGCAGGAUGAGAGGUUGCGCCAGGAAAAGGACCAGAGGGCGGAGCGACGGACAAAGAAGAGAGGUGCCCAGGAGGAAGCCGAGCCAGUUCUGCGCGAUGCGGCGUCGAAGAAGAAGAAAUACGCGAUUCGGCUGGAGGAGGGGUUUGACGUGGAAAAAGUGAUUGACCGACUAUUGGAAGAUCACAAUGACCUUGUGACGUUGAAGGAAAUUCUGGCGACCUUCAUCAAAAACUUCGCUGCCAAGACCGGACAUUUGAGAAAGCUGGUACGUCAGAAUGAGGAAUGGGUUUGGGGAGAAGAGCAGGAGAAGGUCAUGGCAGGGAUGAAAGAGGAGUUUAAGGAAGGAGGGUUAGUGCUAGGUGCGCCAGAUUAUGAGGCUGCAGAAGUAAGACCAUUCAUUGUGGAAACGGACGCGGGGCUGACUGCUCUAGGAGGGGUCCUGAUUCAGGGGUAUGAACAGAAGUCGGAGCUUGUGCUCAAGCCGUUCGAGGAGGAGGACCCAUGGGGCAGCAAGAAUGUCCAGUGGAUGACAAAGUUGGCACUAGCGGGUACGUGUAGCCUGGUGGAUGAGGUAAGAACGAUAGAGGAAGGACCGGACCAGGUAGAGAGGCACGAAGAGCUGAUGGGAGGGAUGUACCUCCUGACCAAUGUGCUUCUGCAAGGGAACUUUGAUCAAGUGGGCUCGCCGACUCCAGCAGAGGGUGAGGGCAUUGUGCCAGAAAGCCAGGACGACGAGUUGGAGGAAGAGGAGAUCAAAGAAGCAUUUCGUGCAAAAGAGUAUGAUGGAAUCUACCUAGAAUUGAGGCUUCUCCUAUCUUGUGAGAGAAAGGAUAGAGACGCGAGCGAGAGAGCUCAGAAGUUGAGGCACCUCUACCUAGUGAGGAAUGGUCACAUCAUCGUAAAAAGGCAAGUGGGAAGCCCCAGGAGGGUUGUAUGCGGGAGGAACCGGCAAAUAGAUAUUAUAGUUGCGCUUCAUGACAACAUUGCAGGAGGACAUCGAGGAGUCAAUGCCACAUACACUAAGAUAAGCGAGUUGUACUAUUGGGAUGGAAUGAUGCAGAUGGUGGCCAAAUUCUGCCGCUCCUAUGUACCUUGCCAAAAGAGGUCCCCUCAGAGGCUGGGAGAGCCACUGCACCCCAGGCUGGAAAGGGAAGUAAGCACCGUGGUGCAUCUUGACCUAUUGUUUAUGCUGAUUGGGGAUCAAGGCUACAACUAUAUCUUCGACGCGCGGGACAAUUUAUCUGGGUUUGUAGACGGUCGUGCCAUUCGUACUAAGACUGGUCCGACCUUGGGUCUGUUUGGACAGCCAUCCAUGGCGGGACCUUCCCAGCAACCUGCUAUGGGGAAAGUUAUCAUGGAGUCAGCUGAGGCAAAGGCGAAGAGGAAGGCUGAAGAGGGGAGCUUUGAGUUCAAGGCCUCUACCGAAUUAGCAUCCCAGCAGGUAGCCCCUAUGUCAUCUGAGACUCCUGUUGAGGAGCCAACUCGAAGACCUGAACCGCCAUUAGCGCCGGAGGGGUCUGCAGAGGCGUCCCCUGGAAUCCUCUUGGAGGUACAGGGAGGUACCCUCAGGGGAGAGGUGAUGUCCCCCCAGCAUGGGACGGAGGAGAGGAGGGAGUCUCGCUUGGAUGAGUUGGCGGCAGCUAUGGAGGUGGGCAUGCCCCCAGAGAGGCCUCAGAGGCUGGAUACUCCAGACGUAUGGGUGCCAUUAGGAUCCCCCCACAGUGAUGCAGAGUCAGGGCUUGAUGAGGAGAGGUUGUGUAUGUGGUGAAGUUACCUUUUCUCUUUCCUGA